AUGGUAUUAUCUUGGAUAACUCAUUCUUUAUCACAUUCUAUUGCACAAAGCAUCUUGUGGAUUGAUACUGCUAUAGAAGUUUGGAAGGAUCUCCAAGACAGAUUCUCUCAAGGAGAUAUUUUUUGCAUACUUGAUCUUCAAGAAGAAAUUUAUGCCUUUAAACAAGGUGAUCUUUCUGUCACAGAUUAUUCCACUCAAUUAAAGAUUAUAUGGGAUGAAUUAGAGAAUUUCAGGCCAAUUCCACAAUGUUCUUGCCCCACUCAUUGUUCCUGUGGUGCUCUUACUACUGUCAAAACCUAUAGACACAAUGAUUAUGUCAUUAGGUUUCUAAAAGGACUGAAUGAUCAGUUUACUACAGUCAAAUCACAGAUUAUGUUGCUAGAGUCUCUACCUUCAAUUAAUAAGGUGUUUUCCUUAGUGAUUCAACAAGAAAGGCAACUGAAUUCUGGAUUACUUAUUGAACCUAAAAUUUUGGUGAACAUAACGAAUAAUUUUCAGAAUAAUGUGCUUACACAGCAAAGUAAUUUUCAAAAGAAUGUGUUUGGGAAAGGUACUGCUGUUGAAUCAGUGAAUAACAGGAAAUCUAGUUCUCAGAAUGAUAAUAAGGUUUGCACAUAUCGUGGCAGACCAAGGCAUACAGAGGAAACAUGCUAUAGAAAACAUGGAUUUCCACCUGGAUUCAAAUUUAAGAAUUCAUCUGGUGCUGUUAUCAACAAUAUUUCCUCUUAUCAGACUGAAGAUUCUAAAGGUUUUGAUUCCAAUGAAAAAUCUGCUACUCAACCUUUACCACAAUGA